GGUGAAGCCUCAUUUUGCCUCGAAUAAGAUUUUGAAGACUGGUUAGCAAAAUCGUAAGCCGGCACAGCUAUAACUUAAGGUAAAAAACUAAUUUGAGAACUAGUUUUGGUCAACUCAUUCCGGUUUUACAAGCUACUUAUGCGCUUUACUUGCUGGUUAUUCUUAAAAGGAACUUGAAUAACUUCGUGUAAUGACUACUGUUAACUAAAGCCCCAGCUAAGAUCUUGAGAACUCACCAUCAAAACUGAAGAAUGCCAAAUUUACGAGCUGGAUGCUACCAUCUUUCCUAUAUCUGUUAUGGCAAGCUUUAGUUUCUCUCUCUGAGUAGGUUCUCUAAACGUUAUGCCAGCUUUUUGGAGAACAUUUCCUCUUGUCACUUUGCGGUUGAAAGAAUUCCAGUUUCUUAAUUUCUCCGUACGCGCCUGAGUAACAAGCAGUCUGGAAAGUUAAAACGGCGUUUAAUCCAAAGAGUUAAUCACCCUUCUUUCAUUCAGUUAAAGUGCGGCCAAUAGGAAACCUUUCGUUUUGAAAGCACGCAUGACGAAAUACCCUUUUCUUGGUUGCAUAAAUGACCAUUGCUCUGCUCAACUGUUACGUAAACUUUUAUUUUGACUACUUAAGUCGGAAUUUAUCAAUUCUAUGGAUAAACUGUUAGGAAAUAUUUUAUGGCUCGGGUCAUGGUUAUGGAAGUUUACUCAGAUAUUCGAAUAUCGGCCAUAAUCCUGAACAAAAGCUUUUGUGCUUUCCCACCCCUCUGAGUGGUAAGAGGCAAAAAAUGCCCUUUGAUGCCCACACAUGAGCAUACAAGAUGAAAAUGGACACAGCGAUACAAAUCAAAUAGUCCCUUUCAAUUACAUCGGAUUGAAAAGUAUAAGAAAACUGUUUCAAAGAUGUUAAAUUUUUUUUUUGGCGAAUGUAAACGGUGUUUCCAUCACUUGACCAGUUGAUUGAUCUUUGUAAUGGUGCAUUCUCGUAGUCUGUAAUAUAAAUAUGUCAGUAGUGACUCGCUUUUGUCAUUUUCCUGAUUGAAUUAAGGAAAUCAUGUUUAUUACUUUCCAAGCAAUUGAGCUUCUCUCCAUCUUGUUUCAAUUUGGCAGGAUUACCAUGAAUCACCGACUAAUUGCAUUUAUCCUCUUGGUCACAUUUGUCAUCUCUACAAGAGCUUAUUUCCUUCGUACAGGGGGAAAACGAGGGGCAGUUUUACACAAGAAACGUUCUUCACUUUCGAAAGCUCGCUUAGCAAACACGCGUGGUCUCAAAGGUAAAUAGUGUACGUACUCAAACAUCCCAUUAGUGAACCGUGUAUUGAUGCUUCUUAAUUUGCCUUGUUUACAGAACAAGUUGCCGUAAAAUUAAACUAGAAAAUUAGAUUAAAUCUAACAGAAGCUAAACAAAAUAAGACUUCCUCUUUAAAAAUGACUGGGAGUAAACAAAGUGUUUUCUCAAAUGCAACGUGAUACAUCAAGAACCUGCCUUUCCGCCGAUUGGUACGGGAGGGGGAGGGGGGGGAAUGGGGCGGGCAGAACGGAAUGUAGUAACUGUCUAUACGUGGAUCUAAAGGAGACUUUCCUAGGUUUGAAGCACGUAAAAAGGCAACGGGGAAGGAAGGGGGGGGGUUUCGUUUUGUCACGAUAAAAAUUAAUCUGACCCCCCUUUUAGGUUCUGCAACACUCUGAUGAAUCCCCCUCAGCUCAUUGGCAGUCAAUUGGAAGUCGAUUUUCUAUUGUCCCCCCCUUACUUUAUACUGUUGACGAUCACUAAUUCGCCUCUGUUUUGUCUGAAAACUAUGUGAUUUCCCGCCCCCCCCAACCCAAAAAGAAAAAUUCUCUCCCCCUGGGCUAUGAAUAAAUAAGAAAAGUUUAAUGCCUCAAUGAUCAUAGUCUUGAUAAAUUAGUAGCGAGUAUCUGAAUCAUAGAAAAAAAACAUUAAUUUACAUAUUCCCUUUGUGUUUUAGAAGGUUUGAAUGAUAUGCUCUGGUCAUGGAUGGAAGACGACAACAAAGGAGAAGACAAAUUGAACGAUAAGGAAAUGUCGGAAUAA